GUGCAGUAAUGUCACUUCAAAGGAAAGUUAAGAACUCUCAGGCACAAAAGAGGACUUCACAAGGUAGUAAUAUCUAUCAGACCAGACUCUCAGCCUGGAAAGUAACAGAGGACCUAAGUGACUCAAAGAGCAUCUCGAAACAUGGACAAAACAAUCCAGUGGAAGAUUAUGAACAUACUGAUGAUCAAGCAGAAGGCGCUCUGCAAAUAGCACUGACAUACUUUGAGAAAGGUCCCAUUAAAACUUCACAGAGUAAAGAUAAAACCUUGGAGAAACACUUGAAAACUGUGGAAAAUGUGGCAUGGAAGAAUGGGUUAGCUCCAGAAGGAAUCGACAUUCUAUUAAAUGCGGCACUCAGUGGCAAAUUUGGGAGUGCUGUAAACACUCGGAUAUUCAAGUGUAUGAUUCCAGCAACUCUAAUAUCAGAAGAUUCUGUGGUUACGGCGGUCUCUUGGCUUUGUGUUGGCAAGUGUUCUGGUAGCACCAAGGUACUUUUUUAUCGUUGGCUGGUUGCAAUGUUUGACUUCAUUGAUCACAAGGAGCAAAUUAACUUGCUCUAUGGCUUCUUUUUUGCUUCAUUGCAAGAUGAUGCACUGUGCCCUUAUGUCUGCCAUUUGUUGUAUUUACUUACCAAAAAAGAGAAUGUCAAACCAUUUCGUGUGAGAAAACUGCUUGAUCUUCAGGCCAAAAUGGGAAUGCAGCCUCAUCUCCAGGCUUUGUUGUCACUAUAUAAAUUCUUUGUUCCUACUUUGAUUUCUGUAUCUUUGCCUAUGAGGAAGAAGAUCUUUUUUAAGAAUUCAGAGAAUCUGUGGAAGACAGCUCUACUUGCUGUGAGGCAAAGGAAUCAGGGACUUCCUCCAGAACCUCUAAAGUUGAUGUUAGCUAAUGUCCAUCCUAUAAAAAGAAAAUGGAAUUCUCACUCAGUUAUACCAGUGCUAAAUUCCUGUAACUACAGUAAAGAAAGUGGGAAAAAGGGGAUGAAUCUUUCUGAUUAUUUCAGUAGCAAUGGAUCAUUUCCACUGGAACAGCUUAAAAGCUUCCCUCAACUCUUACAGAACAUCCAUUGCUUAGAGCUGCCUUCUCAGAUGGGUGCAGUGCUGAACAACUCUCUGCUACUACACUAUAUUAACUGUGUCAGAGAUGAGUCAGUCUUACUGAGGCUCUAUCACUGGUUGAGUCAAACAUUACAAGAAGAAUGUAUUUGGUACAAGGUGAAUAAUUAUGAACAUGGAAAAGAAUUUACCAACUUCCUGGACACUAUCCUCAAGGCAGAAUGCUUCUUACAAGAGGGGUUUUAUUCCUGUGAAGCAUUCCUGUAUAAGAGCCUUCCUCUCUGGGAUGGCCUCUGUUGUCGAUCACAGUUCCUUCAACUCGUGAGCUGGAUUCCUUUUAGUAGCUUCUCUGAGGUGAAACCACUUCUUUUUGACCAUCUAUCACGGCUCUUCUUUACAUCAACUAUUUAUUUCAAGUGUAGUGUUCUUCAGUGUCUGAAAGAGCUACUGCAGAAUUGGCUGUUGUGGCUUUCUAUGGACAUCCACAUGAAAUCUGUGAACAGUCCUCUAGAGACAACUUUAGGUGGAUCCAUGAACUCUGUGUCUAAACUGAUUCACUAUGUAGGGUGGCUGUCCACUACUGCAAUGCGCUUGGAAAACAACAGUACUUUCUUGCUGCACUUUAUUUUGGAUUUCUAUGAGAAGGUAUGUGACAUAUAUAUAAAUUAUAACCUUCCAUUGGUGGUGUUGUUUCCUCCUGGGGUCUUCUAUCCCGCACUCCUCAGCCUGGAUUCCAGUAUCCUGAACCAGCUCUGUUACAUUAUGGACAGGUAUCGUAAAAAUUUGACUGCUGCAAAGAAAAAUGAGUUGGUACAAAAGACAAAAUCAGAGUUCAGCUUCAGCAGCAAGACCUAUCAAGAAUUUAAUCACUAUUUGACAGCCACGGUUGGUUGCCUGUGGACAUCCAAACCUUUCCAGAAAGGAUUAUAUAUUGACCCCAAAGUCUUAGAAAAAGCUUCAGUAGCAGAGUACAAAAACAGUUUAAAUUUAGUCCAUCAUCCUGCUCUUUUGGGUUAUGCUGUUUUCUUUCUGCUACAGGAAUGGCCAAAAGAAAGGAAAGUAAAUAUGAGCUCUAUUCGGGGGAAGAAAUGGAACUGGUAUUUGGACUAUUUAUUUUCAGAGGGUUUACAAGGCUUGAAACUUUUCAUAAGAAGCAGCAUUCAUCGUUCUUCUGUCCCCUGAGCAGAGAGCAUAAACCACCUGAUCAACAUUAAAUGA